GACUGUAGAACAGCUGUGUGACUCGGUUACCAAGCUGGGGUCUUUUACCCUGCUUUACUGUGAGAGCAGCCACUCCUGGGCAGGUAACACAGUCUCCAGCACGUAACUUGAUCCCAGCUACACAGUAUUGAAUGCUGCUAGUCAGUGACUCACAAAUUCCACUGCACAACAGGAGAACCCCAGAAAAUUCUCUGGUCCCAGACUUUCCCCCAGAAAUGUGCAUCUUGCACUGUCCAGCACACUACUGAACAAUGCAAGCUCAUAUGAAGUCUGCCAUUUCAUCAGUGGAAAAUGACAUGCACCAGCCUUGUUAUCCCAAAUAGAGUUUCCAACACAUUUUAAUCCAACCACACUGGUUAGAUAAACAAUAAACCAAGAUUGUUAACUACCGGGAAGAAGAAGAUUUCAAGUGACAAAGGUAGUGAGGCAUAAAAGUCAGAAAUGGUUACAAAAGAAAUACAACCCUAAGCUAAAAUGGCUUGAAAGCAAAUGUUUCUCACCAUAUGCUGAGACAGGCUGAUUUUCCUUUCAGCCAGGACUCCCCCUAACCCACCCCUGUUGCCUAAGUUCAGCUCUUCAGGAGUUAUCAUGAGGAGAGAGAGAGAAAGAGAUACUCAAGCAUUUUCCUCACCUUUUUGUUAUUCAGUCCUUUAUUAGAAACAGCUUCAGUCUCAGCUGAGUCAGGGUGACAGGCUGUCUGUUGAAGAUAUGAGCUUCAAGUGGUACCUGUGAUGGAAUGUAUAUGUCUUCUUCACAUGUUCCCCUGCUGGAGAAUGGCUAUAUGACCAGCUAUUUGCCUUGCUGUCUGAGGAACUGGUCUGUGGGUGUUCCCCAGACUUGUAACUUUUUCAGUAAUAUCAUACUGUAAGAUCUCAUUUACAUACAAUGUUGCUACCUACAUUUCUCAUUCACACACAAAACAGAAUUAAUUUACACGCAACAUUUUGAAUGGGAAUAUCAAAUUGCAGUGCAAAAGAAAACAAUUAUGACAUUCUUUUACUUGUUUUAAAAUGCUAAACUUACAACAAACUAGUGACCCUCAAAGGUCUGUUACUGCUUUGAAAUCAAUCCAGACACAGAUUCUGGCUAAUAUCUCUACCCUUUGGCCCAUUAGGCUAUUCCCUUCUGUUAUUCAAAAAUGGGGCUGGCAGGAUGUGAUCAGAUCAUACACCAAUACAUUUAAUACAUGCUCCAUUCUUAUUCUUUAUCCUUCAUUCUAAAUUGUAUAAAAUAAAAAGAAAAUCCUACCACCAAAUUUGGGGGAAGAGUUUGCAGGAGUUUAGUUCCUGAUUUUUAUUUGACCUCUCUCCAGCACUUGUUUUGGUUUAGCCUUCCCCUUCCAUCCCUGUUUGAGGUUUCUGUCUCUGUCACAGAGAUGAUACAAUGGUACAUGAGAAAGAGAAGCAGAAUUCUCAGCAGAAAAAUGUUGAGCAAGUGGCAAAGUAACCAGGAGUCAUGAUCAGGGACAAUCCUGUGAAAUUCAGCACAAAUCAGAAAGAGAGCAGGGAAACCAUCCAGGGGAGAAAGUGGGUAAAUGUUAUUCCUGUUGGAGAACUCAGAAGGAUGUCAAGGAAACCACAACACAGCAGGAAAUCCUCAGGGGAAAGAGAAAAAUACAUUCACUGAGUGUGGGGAAAACUUACGUGACUAUUCAGCCAUUAUAAAGCAUCAGAGAAUCUGCACAGGGGUGAGGCCCUAUAAAUGUCGUGAGUGUGGAAAAUGUUCGCUAAGAGCUCAGACCUUUCUGAACAUCACAGAAUCCACACAGGAAAAAGGCCCUAUCAGUGCAGUGAGUGUGGGAAAACCUUCUCUUGGCACUCAGCCCACGUUAGCCAUCAGAGAAUCUGCAAGGGAGAUCAACACCAUAAAAAUAUCUAGGGCUAUCCAUACUUUUUUCCUUUAAUAACUUUCCUGAUUCCCACAUAGUAACUUUAAAGCUGUUUGAACUAUUUACUGCACCGAUCUCCCUCAGCUUUCCCAGAUAAGUGGCCCAUUUUUGCAGUUUGGCCUGUUUUGAGGUGGACCCAUUUGCCCUUUCUAUCAAUUCCAUUGUCCCAUAAGUAAUUCUAGUGUAGCCUUCAUAUGAGGAGCCAGGGAGCAUCACAUUUAUAGCAUUCCUCCAUUGCAAAGUUAUUGUUAGUGUCACCAGUGAUUCAGAUUAUAUCAUUUCCAGUUGAUCUCAUGUUGCUCUGGGUUGUGCUGAAGAACAGUUAUAUUGGGAACUUUUCUAAUUAUAUGUAAAAGAGGAGGAGCAGGGUCAGAAAAAGUGUCAUUUCAGCCUCUGACACUGGAAGGAUUAAAAUUGUGGUGAAGCAGCACCUUGUGCUCAGGUUCUGGAAUGUCCUUAUCUGCAAAUAAUUCAAACUUUGCUUAUAAGCAGUUCAAUUUGUGAUACACGUAUCCAUUUCCAUUAUUAUUUUUUUAAAUACAGCAUACCAAUGGGCUAAGGUGAUCCACCAUGGCAUAAGGGGGUAUCCAUUUUGAUUCCAACAGAUAGGAGUGAGGACUCUAACCCUCCCCCUUAUGGCCCAGCACUUCUCGGACUGGGGGUCAGGUGUGGCAGGCACCGCCCACGCAGGUUCCCAUUGGCUGCAGGUGCACUUGUGUCAGGACACAACCUCCCUCCACUGCCCAGGGGAUUCAGGGAGGAGCCGGCAGACACAUGGAGUGAACAGGGAGGAAGCCACUCCACUCUGCUGCACUGCCAGUGCAGGUAAAACAAUGUUAUGUGAGAAAGAGAAGCAGAAUUCUCAGCAGAACAAUGUUGAGCACGUGGAUAAACACAGAGAAUUAUCACAAAGGUUGGAAAAGAAUGUGUCCAGGAGUCAUGAGCAGGGACAAUCAUGUGAGAUUCAGCACCGAUCAGAAAGAGAGCAGGGAAACCAGCCAGGGGAGAAAGUGGGUAAAUGUAUUUCAUGUCGAGGAACUCGGAAAGACCUCAAGGAAACCACAACCCAGCAGGAAAUCCUCAUGGGAAAGAGAAAAAAUACAUGCAAUGAGUGUGGAGAAAACGUAUGUGACUAUUCAGCCCUUACAAAGCAUCAGCAACUGCACACUGGAGAGAGGCCCUAUGAAUGCAGUGAGUGUGGGAAAAGCUUCACUCAGAGCUCACACCUUACUAGGCAUCAGACAAUCCACACAGGGGAGAGACCCUAUGAAUGCAGUGAGUGUGGGAAGGGCUUCAAUCACAGCUCAGCCCUUUCUGACCAUCAGAGAAUCCACACAGGUGAGAGGCCCUAUAAAUGCAGUGAGUGUGGGAAAAGCUUCAAUCACAACUCAGCCCUUUCUCACCAUCAGAGAAUCCACACAGGGGAGAGGCCCUAUGAAUGCAGUGAGUGUGGGAAAACCUUCAAUCAAAGAUCAGGUCUUUUUCAACAUCAGACAAUCCACACAGGAAAGAGACCUUAUGAAUGCAGAGAGUGUGGGAAAAGCUUCACUCAGAGAUCACACCUUAUUAGGCAUCAGACAAUCCACACAGGGGAGAGGCCCUAUGAAUGCAGUGAGUGUGGGAAAAGCUUCAAUCACAGCUCAGCCCUUUCUGACCAUCAGACAAUCCACACAGGGGAGAGGCCCUAUGAAUGCAGUGAGUGUGGGAAAAGCUUUACUCAAAGAUCAGGUCUUUUUCAACAUCAGAGAAUCCACACAGGGGAGAGGCCCUAUGAAUGCAAGGAGUGUGGGAAAAGCUUCACUAACAGCUCAGCCCUUUCUGACCAUCUGGGAAUCCACACAGGGGAGAGGCCCUACGAAUGCCAUGAGUGUGGGAAAACCUUCGGUCGUAUCUUGUUCCUUUUUCAACAUCAGAGAAUCCACACAGGGGAGAGGCCCUAUGAAUGCAGUGAAUGUGGGAAACGCUUCAAUAGCAGCUCAACCCUUUCUAAACAUCAGAGAAUCCACACAGGGGAGAGGCCGUAUAAAUGCAGUGAGUGUGGGAAACACUUCCCUACCAGCUCAAGUCUUAUUAGGCAUCAGAGAAUCCACACAGGCAAGAGGACCUGUCAAUGCAGUUCAUGUGGGAAAACUUUCACUACUAGCUUAGCCCUUUCGGAACAUCAGAGAAUCCACACAGGAGAGGCCCUAUGAAUGCAGUGAGUGUGGGAAUACCUUCUGUUGGCACUCAGCCCAUGUUAGCCAUCAGAGACUCUGCAAGGGAGAUCAACACCACAAAAACCUCUAUAG